AUGAUUCAUCCACUAUAUCAUGAUUAUUUUUUCACCAAUUUAGAUAUUGAACAUUUUCAAACACACCUUUCUCCUUAUAAAUGCAACAUUUUACUCUAUCACACAUCCACAUGAAUUUAUUCCACAAACAUUUCCAUAUUUAAUUAUUGUAUGAACACGUUGGUUCUUCUUUUCUUCACCUGUCUAAUUAGCUGCUCUUAUGCCUUUUUCGAUAUAAAGAGCUUAUACGAGAAAUACAAAUUCUACGAUGAAAAUUCUAAUUUCAUGCAAAAGACCUACGUCUGGCUCCAACCAAUUGCAAGACUUGCUUAAGUUUAAGUUUAAGGAAUUACUCUAGCAUAUCGUCAUCAGUCUUCUUUUACUUGAGGCCCAAGCUACAUUAACCGCUCUGAAUAACGGUAGGUGGACAGGCCUAACCGUCAAACCGUUAAAGUUAAUAAGCCCGUUAAGACUUCUCUAGUCAUUGGCAGCCUCAGCCCGACUUCGUCUCUUCAAGCCGAGACUCUCAAGAAGCUUGACUUCUCUCACUAAGUUCGGAUGAUAGGACCCCGGACCUAUUCCUAACUGGCAUUUUUAAUAUUGUGCAAGACUUGUAGCAGUAGCGACAGAAGAAAUUAAAAAAGGAGACCUUGUACUCUCAGUCCCAGCAUCCAAGGUGGUCACAACAUUUGAUGAUUUUGAAUGGAGCGAGCAUUUUAAAAAUAAAUCGCCUGAGUUCAUUGGAUGCGCCAUUCUUAUUCAUUACAAAACUUCAUUGAAUGCUUCAGAACCUAAAGAUUACAUAAAUCAAUUUCCAUCUGACAUUGAUGCACCUGGAACUUGGUAUGAUGCUGAAGGAAAAGAGUGGCUUAUGAAAUACUCAGAAUAUCCACACAAGCUGAGAACCAAUUACACAGGCUUUGAUGAGUUCAGCAAUAUUGUUGUAGCUAUACCUGGAGUAAGAGAACUAGCAUGGGAAGAGAGAAGCUAUAGUUGGGCAUUAACUGUGCUGAGUUCUUAUGGCAUGCCAAUAACUAAAAAAGAAUGGAAAACCUUGAAAGGGCUUACUCCUUCUGCUGGAGACGAGAAGAUCCAGGGAAUUGCAUUGAUUCCUUUCCUAGAGAUCUACAAUAACUAUGUGAAACCUGACAAUUUCCACCCAGAGAAGUAUCCUUUGGAAUUCACGAAUGGCGCAGUUAAGCUCUAUUCUCAAAGAGAUUAUAAGACAGGGGAAGAAGUUUAUAUCCCAUAUGAUAAAAAAGGAAGCCAUGAUCUCUUGUGCGACAGAGGUUUUACAAUUGAAAUGAAUAGUCAUGAUCUGUUUGAGGUGAAAGAAAGGCCUUCAUCACUGUGCACAAUGACAGAGCGUGGAUGCAUUUUCUAUUUGCCAACAACUGAGGUUAACCAAAAAUACUUAGAAUUUAACAAAGAUAAGGCAAAUCCUGAACUAGCUUACCGUCAAGGCGUAAGACGUGAAAUAAAGAACUUAAAGCACUCUAUCAGAUCUCAACGACGCAGACUGAGGAUCUUAGAAGACAGAUUUUUAAAGCUAACCUUCCAACUUGGAAUCACAGAAAAAUGGGCAGCUUACAAAGCUCUGGCUCUCGCUGAUAGACAGCUUCUCCUGAAAGAACUUAAAUCUCUAACAUUAAUAAAUUAG